UUAAAUGGUGCGGCCUAAAGUAAGCAAAGAGAAAAAAGUGAAAGGGGAUCGUUACAAGGGUGUGCGUAUGAGAAAAUGGGGAAAAUGGGUAGCUGAAGUACGGCAACCGAAAAGCCGUGACAGAAUAUGGUUAGGCUCUUACGAUACGGCGGAAGAAGCGGCUAGAGCUUAUGAUGCAGCGGUGGUUUGCUUGCGUGGAUCGUCCGCGAUGAUUAAUUUCCCGGACGAUCCACCGGUUAUUUCGUGUGAUGGUGAUCAUAAGUUGUUGUCACCUUCGGAAAUUCAAGUUGAGGCAUCGAGACAUGCACGUAGUACUAGAGAAGAGUCUGCUGCAGCUGCUGAUGAUGCCGUAGACCACGGCAGAUCAGCAGCUGUGGAGAGUGUGUUUUUUAGAGAUGAUUUGGAGUUUGAAUGUUCUUCUUUAGAUCAUGGUGAAGUAGUGUUGCAUGAUGAUUUGUUUGAUAGUGCUAGAAUGUGGUCCUUUUGAUGGAUUAAUUAAUUCAAACACCUUUUGUUCCAACUUACUGCUUAUUUCUACGUGGUUGUAUUUGGACUAGAUUAAAAUUUAUCCAAGUUUAGCUUGUAUCCACUUAAAAGUCAAUUUCCUUUUUUUU